UCCGGAGGCCCCCAGUGCCGGAGGUGGCGGGUAGCAGCCCCCUGAACCCCGCCGCGCUCCGCUCUGCUCCUGCUUCGCUUGUCGCUCCGGCUCCCCUGCCCUCCCUUCGCCGUCCCAUUGAGGCCGGAGCCGUGGGGCUUCCUCCUCGCCUCCUUCCGGCCUGGCGGCGGGGACGCGGCCUUUCUCCCACCCCCCGCAGGCGCAGAGAGGUGGCGGCGGCGUGAGGGCCCGCCCGGCCCCUGGUCGCUGCGCGGGGGGCGCCGGGCCUCGGCAGCGCGGCGUGUCCGAGCCGCGGGCCUGUCCCCAGGCAGCGGUGUGCGGUGUGGCAGCCGCUCGCAGCGCCUCCCUGCUCAUUCCCCCCGUUCUGUGCCCGCACAUCGGUGUGUGCGUUUUAUCCGUCCGUUAAUCUGACCGCAGAUGGCCUCAACCUUCUCGCUGAAGAACUCCAGCCUACAGGUUUGCCAAAAAGUAAACCCAACCGAACAGUAACACAAAGCAUUGUUUGUCAGUUAGCGUUCAGAACAUCUGCAACAAACGGGAAUUCCAUCUGGAUCACAAGAUAAAGUUUCAGUUCUUGAUUCUGGACGAGAAAUGGCUGAACCUCAGGUGGCUGUGGCUCCUGUGGUAACGUCAAAGUUGUCUGUUAAAGCACCUGAAUUUUAUCCAUCAGGAUACAACCAGAACUUCCAUCAGAACUUCACAGAUUCUUCCUUUGAAGAUAGAUACGAUGGCUAUCUGACUUUGGCAGAAUAUGUACAAGACUUCCUAAACCAUCUCACUGAGCAACCAGGUUGUUUUGAAACUGAAAUUGAGCAGUUUGCCGGAACACUGAAUGGCUGGGUCACUGCAGAUGAAGCUUUACAAGAACUUGUUGAACUCAUCUAUCAGCAGGCCACAUCUGUCCCAAACUUUUCCUACAUGGGAGCACGGUUGUGUAACUAUCUGUCUCACCAUCUAACCAUUAGUCCACAAAGUGGGAACUUCCGACAGUUGUUGCUUCAAAGGUGUCGAACAGAGUAUGAAAACAGAGAUGAAGCUACCAAAGGGGAUGAGACUACUCGAAAACAAUUUCAUGCCUUUGUGCUGUUCUUGGCUGAACUUUACCUUAAUCUAGAGAUUAAAGGAACAAAGGGACAGGUAACACGAGCAGAAAUUCUUCAAGAAGGCCUUCGGGAAUUACUAAAUGCGCUUUUCUCUAACCCUGUGGACAGUAACUUGAUAUGUGCAGUGAAACUCCUGAAGUUGACAGGCUCAGUUUUAGAAGAUGCCUGGAAAGAAAAAGGAAAGAAUGAUAUGGAGGAAAUGAUUCAGAGAAUUGAAAAUGUUGUGUUGGAUGCAAACUGUAGCAGAGAUGUGAAACAUAUGCUUCUGAAACUAGUAGAACUGCGAUCGAGUAACUGGGGUAGAGUUCAUGGAACUUCUCCACUUACAGAAGCUACCCCUGAAAAUGACCCAAACUAUUUUAUGAAUGAGCCAACAUUUUACACAUCUGAUGGUGUUCCUUUCACUGCAGCAGAUCCAGAUUAUCAAGAAAAAUACCAAGAGCUGCUUGAAAGAGAAGAUUUGUUUCCAGAUUAUGAAGAAAAUGGAACAGAUCUAUCGGGACCUGGAGAUCCGUAUUUCGAUGACAUUGAUGAUGAGAUGGAUCCAGAAAUUGAAGAAGCAUAUGAAAAAUUCUGUCUAGAAUCAGAACAUAAGAGAAGACAGUGAGAUGUUACACAUUAAUGUUAGUUUAUUAAGCCAGUUCAGGUAUGGUUAGAACACAAGGGGACACAAAACAUUUGUACCAAAAUAAGGAACUUAAGUUUCUCUAAGUACUGAAGUUACACAAUUUCCAUUUUGUUUUAACAGAAUCUGCCAAAAAUUGUAAACUUACACCUGGUAACUUAAAAUGUUGUGUAUAUAUCAUAGUUUAUUUUAUGUACAGGUAUAUGAACAAUGUUUUGGCUGAAAUAAAAAUAAUUUUUAAAUUACCAUAACUGACAUGAAAAUUUAAUGUGGAACUGUCCCAUAAAAUUUCCCUUGAGGGAGAGGGGGGAAGAAUAGCUUGAUCUAAAUUUAAUUGCUUGUUUGCUUGGUUUAGUAUAUAUUGGGAUUUACUUAUCCUUUUCACCAUAUACAAAAUAUCAGGUAUUUAAUUAUUUUUUUCCCCCUAAGGAGACUAUGAUACAAAUACGGAUAUUUUUUUUCUGUAGAUCACAAUCAUGAGAAGUGGUUUGUGAAGGUUUUGUUUUGUGGGGGUUUUCUUGUUUUGUUUAUUCUCUUUUUCUUCCUAUUCCAAAACCCAUAUGGGUGAGGUCUGGAUCUUUUUUUUUUUUUUUUGUGGAAUAAUGUGUUAUAUGUUGCUAUGUGAAAAGCAAGCAGUAUUUUAUAAGUCGGGUGCUUUCAAGAUCUUUGGUUCAGAUAAGCUUAUUUUAAACUUUUACAAGCAAAAACCUAUAAAUUCUUGUUUUUAAGACUAUAUGCAUACAGUUGUUUUAACCCAUGUUAACCCAUGCUUCUCAAAGAGUAUGUGUAGUGCCCUGUAUUUUUUUUUCUUUGUAAUGUAUUUAACAUGUCUAACCAUCCAGCAACCUGUGUAACUUUCUCCGUUCUUCUAAUUCUGUGUAGUUUGGUUUGAUUUUGUAGUUGGAGUAAAUUCAUAUAUUUCAUAAACGUUAACUUUCUGAAGCCAGCUGCUCUUUUUUGACUCCAUAUAAUCGUGUUAGUUUUCCUAGGAUACUCCAUUUUGUUGCCAAAACUCAGUUGUACUGUUUCCUGUUAUGUUACUGGUUAGACUGAGUAGAAUCCCUUACCAAAACCAAAGGGAAAUAUUUCCCAAAAGUUAGCUACUAUAAAGAACACAUGUUGUAAAUAUGCAUGUAAAUAAUUCUGUUAAUAUUUCACUGUUACUUGUUUGGUUAAAUAACUUCUGCAUCUGCUAAUGGAGUGAGCACUGACUGUUUUCUGGGUGUUUAUUUAACAUACUUACAUAGUUUGGAGUUUUGAAAAAUAAAAUUUAACUAGCUUUGU